AGAAACCCUCCUCCUUCCUGAUAAGGAAACACCACCAGCACCACCCACUCACCACACAAAAUGGAAAUGCUCAUCAAUCACAAACAAUGCCGCCAUCUCUAUAUACACUCUUCUCAUGCCUUGAAUUCCCCCUCAAUUCCUCCCCAAAAGGGUUUCCACAUCCAACCAUGAACUCCUCUUCUUCCACUCUUUGUCCCCUUUACUGUCAUUCCGCGUGCCGUCGUCCUUCCAAGAUCCUUGUUUUAGUUAUGACCCUCUUCUGAUCUUGAAGCAAAGUCACCAGAAUUCGCCUUCAAAAUGAGGGCUUUUGGGCGUCGGAAGGUGUUUUGCCUGCUGUUAUUGUGUUUUUUAAGUCAAAGUUUGGAUCUUGGGACUUGUCUCAAUGGUGAAGGAUGGGCUUUGUUGAGUUUUAGGGAGAGAGUGGAGAUUGAUCCUUUUGGUGUUUUGUUGAAUUGGGAUGAGGAUGACAUGGAUCCAUGCUUGUGGUUUGGUGUUGACUGCUCUGAUGAUGGGAGAGUUGUGGCACUGAAUUUGAGAGACCUUUGCCUACAAGGGACACUUGCUCCAGAGCUCGGCAAGCUCAAUCACAUGAAGUAUAUUAUCUUGCACAACAACUCCUUUUCCGGCAUCAUCCCUAGAGAGAUCGCGAACUUGCAGAAGUUAGAGGUUUUGGACUUAGGAUUCAAUAAUCUAAAUGGCCCACUUCCAUCUGAGUUAGAAAGUAUUUCAUCUCUAGAAAUCCUUAUUCUCAGAAGCAACCGGUUUCUAUAUAACGUAUCGCCGAAACUUAGCGAGCUCAUUAUGUUAUCUGAUCUUCAAGUUGAGGAAGAGUUUCACUCAAACAGGGGAUCUUUUAGUAGAUAUAUUGGCAAAGGACCUGCAAGGAAACUCAUUCAAGUUAUUAAUAAACACAAAGGCAGCCAUCGAAGACAUAGCCAAAGAAGUAGAAGAGAUCAUAGAGGGAUUCAACUGAUUCAUGCAUUACUAUCACCAUCACCCUCUCCAUUUCCUGUGCCAUCAGUAACCCAUUCACGCUUUUCAUCUGAAGCACCAGCACCAUCCCUGUUUUAUCCACCUGCUGUCUCACCGGCACCAGCACCCUCAUCCUUUGCAAUGACUAAACCUCAAGUGAAUAAGCAGCCCAAUAAGACUAUCUCGCCUUCCACUUUUACUUUGAUUCCUUCGCCUGCAAAAUAUCCUUCUUUGGGUGCAACCUCUGAUUCUGGAGCAAAGCAUACAAUUUACUGGACCAUCUAUGCCCCCGCUGCAGCAGGAGUUUCCUUUCUCCUUGCGGUUGCAGCAGUUUACAUUCUAUGCUGCCGAGGUAGCAAGGUUGUUACUGUCAGGCCUUGGGCAACAGGUUUGAGCGGGCAAUUACAGAAGGCAUUUGUAACAGGUGUACCUUCGCUUAGACGGUCAGAAAUCGAAACAGCUUGUGAAGAUUUCAGCAACAUUAUCGGUACUUUAUCGGAUUGCAUGCUGUACAAGGGAACACUGUCUAGUGGUGUCGAAAUAGCGGUUAUAUCUAGCAUGGUAACAUCAUCCAAAGAUUGGUCAAAACAGUGUGAAGCACAAUUCAGGAAGAAGAUCUCAACUUUAUCCAAAGUGAACCAUAAGAAUUUUGUGAACCUUCUUGGUUAUUGCGAGGAGAGUGAGCCUUUCACCCGGAUGAUGGUGUUUGAGUAUGCUCCAAAUGGAACUCUUUUCGAGCAUCUUCACAUUAAAGAAGCUGAACACUUAGACUGGGCUGCACGCUUGCGGAUUGCCAUGGGAAUUGCAUAUUGCCUCGAGCACAUGCACCAGCUCAACCCACCUGUUCUUCUCAGAAAUCUUGACUCGUCUUCAAUUUACCUUACCGACGAUUAUGCAGCUAAGGUUUCAGACAUUAGAUUUUGGUGCGAAGCAAAAGAAUCCAAGUUAGCCUCGGAAGAGUUAGCUCCUUUGGACACACAGGGAUCAGAGCCGGAGAACAUAAUCUACAAAUUUGGAAUUUUACUGCUGGAAAUAAUAUCGGGCAGGCUUCCAUUCUGCGAGGACAACGGUUUGCUUGUGCUUUGGGCUUCGAGUUAUUUAACCGGAAAAAGACCGCUUAAAGAAAUCAUUGACCCAACUCUUGAAUCAGUCCGCGAGGAAGACGUUAACGCACUCUGUGAUGUAAUUCGAUCAUGCAUUCAUUCAGACAUUACAAUGAGACCAACAAUAUCUCAAGUUGUCAGUAAAUUGAGGGAGAUUACUGCAAUGCCUCCGGACGGAGCAGUUCCUAAACUCUCUCCGUUGUGGUGGGCGGAACUUGAGAUUAUAUCAACCGAGGCCAACUGACGAUGAACUUACAAACCCUGAUUGUGGAUAAUCACCUUUCCGAUUUCAUGUUUUCAUAUUAAUUUGUGUGCAUUUCUUGAGUAUGGGAGUGAACUGAAAAAUGAUGUAUAGAAUAGCUUGAACGAGAGCUGCUGUGUUUGCCGGAGUGUUUUUUUUUUUCCUUUUAAUAUUGUUUCUGUUCUUUGUAUUUAUUGUUCAGAGUGUUGAAUGAAUGAUGCUUGUUUGCAA